UUUCUUUUUACUCAAACAAAUAAAUAAGUUGAUGUGUCCACAGUUAGCAGGUCAUGAGCUGAAGACAGUUCGCCAGGCACUGCACCUCACAAGGAAAGAACUGAGAGAAGCGGAGUCCGAAUUAAAACACGCCAGGGAACUCACUGAAGACGCUAAGUCUGGCCUGAUGGUGGUAGAAUUUAAGCGCGGAAAUGCCUCCAAAGAUCUGGAGCGACUUGCAGAUGACGUUACACGGAAACAAAACCAGUUGACCUCUCUGAACUCUGAGCUGAAGACCAAGAUACAUGAGGCUAAAAACAUGACAAGUCUUGGCUUGAGCAGAGAAGAUUGUCUUGAGAUCAAGUCAAUGAAAGAGGAAAACAUCUGCCUUAAAACCAAGGUCCGCUCCUUAGAAGGCUUACAGCUGGAGAGGGACGAACUUCUACGUCAGUUGGAAGCAGCAAAAGAGGAUGUCCUGAGAGAGCAGCGAGCUUUCCGUGUCCACAGGGCGGAGCUACAAGAGGAGAUGGAAACAUUGGCGGCAAGACUGGAAGAGACACAGACAGGAUGGGGAGAUGGACAGGUGCAGAUGGCCAAACUGGAGGCUGCUUUCCGGCAGAUGGAAAGGGAGAAAAAUGAGAUUAUUCAGGAGCAGAGCCGAGAGUACGACUCGCUCAAAGCGACACAAAGGGAGGAAACGGCAGACACAAACAAGCGUCUCAGGAAGGAAAUGAACAAACUGGAUGAUGAACUCCAGGAGUUAAAGGUCAGGGUCACGGAUCUUCAGUCCGACAACUCCACCAAGGAGACUCUGGUUGAGCAGUUAAGGGCCCAGAUCAGCGAGUUACAGUCUGUUUUGGCCAAGGAAAGACAAGAUCGACACAAAACGUCCUCUGAGCAAAAGAGGUCACUGCAGCAUCUGAAAAAAGAGACGGCUGCUGCAGUCCUCAAGCUGAAGGAGUCGAUGUUCCUGGAGAAGCAGAAAGCUCUGGAGGAUCUGCGGUACGAGAUGGAGCAGGAGAGGAGGGAGUCCGGGGCCAGGGUGGAGGAUAAGCUGGCCCAGGCUCUGGAGGAUAAUUCCUCGGCGUUGGCGGAGAAAAGCGCUGAAGUGUCCCGACUUGAAGACAAGGUCAGGAGACUUGAGCAUGAAAGUCAACUUGAGACGGAGAGAAAGAUCCAUGAGGCUUUGAACAGAGAAAGAGAACGGUCAGAAAAAGAGAAAGAAAGACAGGUGAGACUAGAAAAGGAGGAUGGGAAGAGGAGAACGAACGAGUUGAUCACACAAGUGGAUAGAGAGAAGCAGACGAACAAAGGGCUGCAGAGAGAGCUGGCGGAUCUUAAGAAGGAACUGGAGGAACAGCGACGACAGCAGAGGGAGACGAGCAAAGAGAAGCUCGUCGCUGUGGCCAAGGCCAAGGACCAGAUGAAGGAACAAAGCAGCGCCGAGAUAGAGAGGGUUAAGUUUAACUUACAACAGGAGCACGAGCGUGAGGUAGAACGACUGUCGGAAAAACUGCGAUAUCAAGAAGACGAGCUCUCAGCUCUCAGGACAGACCAACAGGACAUGGUCGUGCGGGAGCGAAAUGCUCUACAGGCCCUGGAACACGCUGAGCGGACUGUGAUAGGGGAGAUAAAUGAGGAGUGCAGCAGGGUAGCCGGUAUUUUAGGCAUUUCACCACGCACAGUGCAUCAGACCAGCUUCCAUUUUGAGAGCAGAGACGGGCGAGACAGCCCCAGCUUCAAGACCAAUAUCAGGCUCUUCAGCAUCACUCCACGCGAGAACAAAAACGUAUUAGCGACUUGCAGAAAGGAGAGAUUGAUCGCUUAGAGAAGGAAGUCCAGAAAUUAGCAAUGUCCCAAAGUCACGUGUCAGACAGCAACCGACAGCCACACCCAUCACCCACACCAGUAGCGACAUCAUCACCACUUGCAUUACCAACCACAACAGUAGCAACAACAACAGCAGAGACGACGAACGAGAAGACAUCUCAGCAACUACAGUCCCGCAUCAAACAGCUUCAAGCAGACAACGCAGCCCUGCGCAAACAGAGACUACAGACCAGUGAACGCCUCAAUAUGUCACUUCCCAACCUGGCUAAACCACAACCGAUCAGGCCUCUGUCGCCAUUUGGGAGGCCAAGAUCACCAACUCGAGAUCCGGAAGUUCUCCGCAGACUUGAAGAACGCUUCCGGAUAGGUGAGCAGAGCGCGAUAAAGGCAGAGGAGCGGGCCAAGCUGAGUCAGAAAGUCAUGAACAACAAGAUAGAAGAGAUGGCCAAACUACAACAUACGCUCUUUAGUCAGAACCAGGAAUUGCAAGAGUUGGAGAAGGCGUACAGUGAUCUGCACAAACAGUACAACAACCGAGGUGUGUCCCCAGCCCGGGGUUUGAACACCACCCUGUGAGGGGACAGCCAAAGACACACCAAGACACGCCACUGUCUACAUUGGAGCCGGACAUUUUUUAAAAUUUAGCUUUGCAGCAAAACAAAUUAAGCCAUACCACGUAAGUGCCAAAGAUUAAAGGUGUACCCAGAGAGUGUUACAUACAAAGAAACAUAGGAGGAGAUAUAAGGAUGAUAG